CCAACAAACUUGGCCAGAGGUGGUCCCGGAGCUCGGUGGGUCCUGAGGGCCCGCCCAAAGUAGGUCCCACUUGCGGGCGGGACACUGGGCAUACCCUGGCGCUGCGGCUCCACCGCCCUCGACUCGGAAAGGUACUGACCAAUGCUACUUGGAUGAAUCUGACCAUCUCCGAGGAGACUUGAAUGUUGAGUUUCCAUAAACUGAGAAACCAGUCAUUUUAUGUUUGGAGCAAUGCUGAAGUUCCAAGAAGCUGCCAAAUAUGUGAGUGGGUCAAUAGCCAUUUCCAGGUAUCCAAAGACCUUAAUCGCAAGAAGAUAUGUGCUUCAACAGAAACUCGGCAGUGGAAGUUUUGGAACUGUCUAUCUGGUUUCAGACAAGAAAGCCAAACAAGGAGAAGAGUUAAAGGUAUUGAAGGAAAUUUCUGUUGGAGAGCUCAAUCCAAAUGAGACUGUGCAGGCCAGUUUGGAGGCCCAGCUCCUUUCCAAGCUGAACCACCCAGCCAUUGUCAAGUUCCACGCAAGCUUUGUAGAGCAAGAUACUUUCUGCAUUAUCACGGAGUACUGUGAGGGCCGAGACCUAGACUGUAAAAUUCAGGAAUAUAAAGAAGCUGGAAAAACUUUUUCAGAAAAUCAGAUAAUAGAAUGGUUUAUCCAGCUGCUGCUGGGAGUUGACUACAUGCAUGAAAGGAAGAUACUUCAUCGAGACUUAAAAUCAAAGAACAUUUUUCUGAAAAAUAAUCUACUUAAAAUUGGGGAUUUUGGAGUUUCUCGACUCCUAAUGGGAUCCUGUGAUUUAGCCACCACUUUGACUGGAACCCCGCAUUACAUGAGUCCCGAGGCUCUGAAGCACCAAGGCUACGGCACGAAAUCCGACAUCUGGUCUCUGGCAUGCAUUUUAUAUGAGAUGUGCUGCAUGAAUCAUGCAUUCACCGGCUCCAGUUUCUUGUCCAUUGUUUUAAAAAUUGUUGAAGGCAACACUCCUUCUCUCCCUAAGAGAUAUCCAAGAGAACUGAAUGCCAUCAUGGAACGCAUGUUGAACAAGAAUCCUUCACUGAGACCAUCUGCUAUAGAAAUUUUAAAAAUCCCUUACAUUGAUGAACAACUACAGCACCUGAUGUGCAGAUACUCAGAAAUGACUCCAGAAGACAAGAAUUUGAAUUGUCAGAAGGAAGCUGCUCAUAUAAUCAAUGCCAUGCAAAAACAGAUCCACCUACAGACUCUGCGGGCACUCUCUGAAGUGCAGAAAAUGACCCCGAGGGAAAGGAUGCGGCUGAGGAAGCUCCAGGCGGCCCACGAGAAAGCCAGGACGCUGAAAAAGCUUACUGAAGAAAAAGAUGAAGAAAAUAACAAACGAAUGCAAGAAUCGAGAUCUCAGAACUUUCAACUGCUAACUGUUGAGGGACUCCAUGCACCUGAUGGCCCGACUUCAGAGAACCUGCCUGAGUCUCAGCCCAUUCCUGGCCCAGACCUCGGUGUGUUCGAGUCAAGUAUAGAGGACACCAUAAUUGACCUUGGAGAUCAUGAGAUCCCAGAAGACCCACGUAUAGCUGAGGAGUAUUAUGCUGACACAUUUGACUCCUGUUCUGAAGAUGGUGAGGAGGAGGAAGAAGAAACAGCAUUCUCGGGACUGGAGGAAGGGGUUGAGGAUGAGGGAUCCCAGCCUGAUUACAGAGCAAGCCAACAGGGCAGCGAUGUUGAAGCGCUGGUCAGGUGUUUGGAGAAUGUUCUGGGUUGCACCUCUCUAGACUCAAGGACAGUCACUGGUGCAGUUCCAGACAUGUCCCCAGAACCAACAGUUUUCAACAGUGCAAUGGCCAGGACCAAGAUGCAAUGCAUGAGAGAGUCAGCCGUGCAGAAACUGGGUGCGGAAGUAUUUAAGGAGGUCUAUAAUUGCCUCAAGAGAGCAAGGCAGCAGAAAGCCAGUGAAGCGGAGAUUAGAGCGUCUCUGGAGAAAGUGGUUCCUCGUGCCAGUGACUGUUUUGAAGUCGACCAGCUCCUCUGCUUUGAGGAGCAGCUGCUGAUCACAGUGGGAGAAGGGACUACACUUCAGAACCAAAACAGGCAGAUGUCAAAAGCAAGCAAGUUCCAGGGAACAAAUUUCUGUGAAAAUCCUUUCAGUACCUAAGCUGGACUGUAUUAUGGGAGGUGAGCACGUAGGCCAAGCUACCAUCUUUACUUCCAAUUCCCUAACCAAAGGAGUUAGAGAGUAGCGGACACACAGGUCUGACUGUGCUCAGUGUCUUGGGGGCCAGUCGGUAUGGUUGGGUUUCCACUCUGAGAUAAGCAUAUGGACCGGGUUUGGCUUCAGGAACAGCAUCCCUGCAAGGGUACCCUCUGGGCUGCCCCUGGAGUUGGGCCACUGAGGGUGGCUUGGGAGGAGCCCACCACUCUGCCCCUUCCUCUCAGAGGACAGACUUAGUACCUCUGCCUUGGGGCUCUGUGGGCUGUGGCCAGCCUGCCCUUGAAGAUUGUUGGACACUGGCCUCUGAAAUGCUGAGCUGCUGCCCAGGAGUCAGACACACCUGUCUCAGGUGACCUGUUUUUGGUCCACUUUUGUCCUUCCAUAGCUCACAAGCAAGAAGUGCCUAUGUAUAUAGACCUGGUAAAAAAUCCAAAAGGUGAUUCUCCUGUGAUAUAUUCUUUAUACUAAUGAAUGGAGUAUUGAAGACUCAAGACUUUU